GGUUGAGUAGAAAAUUAAAAGGUUGAAACUGAAGCAAUUUUCAAGAAGAAGAAGAAAUACGAGCAUCUGAACCAUAUUUGAAGGGAAAAAUGGGUUUGCUUGAAUUGUCUAAAUUCAAGCUCCAGCUCCGAACGCUAAUCACCGAAGUUCACGAGCUCAGAGAAAAGGAACGCUCGGCCACCGAACAACUUCAUCUUCUAAUUCUGAAGCAAAAGCAAACCGAGGAAGAACACAGCAGAAAGUUCCAGGAAUUGCAAACGGAGUUAGCUUUGUCCAAGGAACUGCGGCAGAAACUCGAGAGGAACGUGAACUGCCUACAAGACGACAAUGCUUUACUCGAGAACAAGCAAAAAGAACUGAAGGGAACAAUACAAAGCCUACUUCAAUCGCGGGAAAGUUUUGUGAAUGCUUAUGAGGAAUCUACUUGUGAAAUGAAACGUUCAAUUGAAACCAGAGAUAGAAAGCUCACUGUCCUAUCCGAGAAGAUAAAAUCUCAUUUAUUAUUAUUUGAUUCAAUAGUAAAGGAGGCAUUUUCUAUCAAGCAAGUUGUCAAUGAUGUGCAGUGCCUUGUGAGUGAAAAAGAGGAAGUAGUUGCUGGCUUAAAGAGCAAAAUGGAUAAGGUCUCUGUAUUUGAAAAAGUUUUUGUUGAAAAGAUCUCUAACCUUGAACAAAAACUGAAAAAUGAUGAGGACGAGUUGCGAAGAAAGGAUAGAAUCAUUUUAGAGCUAGAAGCACAUCUGGAGGCAGCAAGAAGUAGCAACAAUUACCAAAAUCAAAUAGAAGAGCUCCAGAAAAUCUUAUCAGCAAAGGAUGCGGUCAUACAGAAUUUUAUUUCUGAGAAAGAGGAAUUGCAUAGUGAAGUGGGGUGUUUAAGCAUUAUCUUACAGAAGAUUCAGGAUACUGUUACAAAUAUGAAUGAAGAGGAUAAAAGGGUAUUUUCAUCGAUACUGGAUUGCCAAGAAGGAUGUGAUAUUGUUAUGGGAAAGGAAGUUAAUGGGACUGAAGACGUGCCUCAAAGUAAUAUAGAAAAAUAUCCAAAUAAGGCAUCUGAGACUGGCUGUACAGAAAAUACAGCUUCACUUCUAUGUGAGGAGCACAAAAAAGUUGCUGGCACCUUAGCGGAGCACAAUAACAAUGACUCCUGUGUCUCAGAGUCAGGUUGUUCAGAGUCUCAAUCAGCAGCUAAUGUUCCAAGCAUCUCCGUCAAUGAUGGUCAGGAUAAUUGCACAAGAUCAGUACACCACUUGGACUCUGAAUGCUCAACAACGCAAGCAGAGCCUCAGAAGAUCCAGGAGUGUGAUAAUGUACUUGGGUAAUGGCCUUAAGAGUACGGUGGUGUAUGGAUAAUUUCACUUGGCACAAUGAUCUCCAAAAGUCCGUGCUGGGUUCUUUUUUCUUUUUCUUUUUCUUUUUCUAUCAAAUUCGUUGGGAUUGUGAAUAGGAGCCUUCUGUUUACUAAAUCUUCAGCCCAAUGAGAGAUUCUGAUGAAUACAUCUAAUUGCUAGAGUUGUAUAUGUUCUACUCCAGGAAUAUUAUAGCCUGGAGUGGAACCAGGAGCUUUAUCUUAGGAGGCUUGUAGUAAAUUUUGCCCUUUUAAUCACUUGCAUAACUUCAAUCAAUAAAAUACAUAUAAAUAGUCUAUUUUCAUAGAAUUUUCCUUUAAAGUUUGUUCAAG